AUGGAAAGGACUCAAGAAGAAGGAGGACCUAGGACCAAAUUAUCAAAACAAAGCCGUAUUAUUUGCAAUAUCGCUUUCACUAAAUAUGAAAUUGUGAAGCACGUUGCAGGAACCUUAUUUAAAUGGGGUUUAUCUAAUGAUAAACUUGAUGAAAAUUGAGAUAUUAUGUGAACAGAUUCUGCAGUCCCACCUGAUAAAUUGUCAAAUAUGAAGCAAUAUCAAAAAAUUAAUCAUUUUCCUGGCAUGUACAAUGUAUCAAGAAAAAAUUAUCUUGCAUAUAACUUAUAUUAGAACAAACUGAAUUAUAUUUAUUUUCAGAUAAAAAAUAUAAUAAUACCAUAAUCAAUUUAAUAGAAAAUAAUGAAAUUGAAAAAACUCUUCCCAGACGAGUAUGAUUUUUUCCCUAGAACAUGGGUGGUUCCUUGUGAUAUGGGAGAUUUAAAAGCAUAUAUGCAGCUAAAGAAAAAUUCGUAUUUUAUUGUAAAGCCAGAAGCUUCUUGCCAAGGUCGAGGAAUUUUUCUAACAAAAAGAUUUGACGAAAUCGACUCUUCUGAAAAGCAUGUCGUUCAAGAAUAUAUAGAAAAGCCUUUUCUUAUAGAUGGACUUAAAUUUGAUUUAAGAAUCUAUGUAUUAGUUACUGGUUGUGAACCUCUUACUCCCCUCCGUAUAUAUAAAUUUUAUAGUAAUUUUUUUUAAAAAUUAAGUGUAAAUUUGGAUUACAAAAAUUAAUUUAAUUUGUAAAAUUUAUGUUUUUAAAAUGCAGUUUAAAUUCAGAAUGAUUAGCUAUAUCAUUUAUUACAUUUAUAUCAAAAUAUUUUUUCAUACAACUUUUAUAUUAAAAAAAUGUUUUUUGGCAUAUGAAAGAAAGAAAAGUUGUUAUAUAUCCCUACCCUAAAAUAUUUUCAGAUUUCGUCUUCUUCAAACAUAUCAUGAGCAUGAGUCUUAUCAUCUAUGGCUUUAAGAUUGAGAUUGAGAUUUUUAGAUUAGAGAGGGUUAAAGCGGGGAUUAUUUCAGCCCCUGAUCCAGCCGAGCUUCAGCUUCACUCUCGUGUGGCGCUAGUCACUAAAGCCACCUGCCGCCCUUUUCUGAUGACGUCAUCAAAAAUGGUGACGUCAGCAUCUUUCGGGAGACUCACCCGAACCUGCUUGGACCAAAAUGCUUCAGCAAAGGACUCUCUUAACCCCUGGUAGUGCUCAGGGUAUGAGGGGAUCGUCCGAUGCCUCCUUCUGGAACUACCUCUGCCAUUUGCAGGCAACAUAAUGCUCCUCCAGAAGUCCUCGAUUGGUAUUGCGCCGUCAGUCUUCUCGUCUGUGGGUCGAGGGGAGGCCCAGUUAGCCCAGACUGUACCCACCCCGGAAUUAAGCCACCUGCGACCUCGUAGCCUUUCCGCCAGCUUUUUUAUUUUCUGGCAAAAAUUCUGAGUUCAUCUGUCACUACUAGGCAUGCCAUGAUGGCAUUAAUUCCAUGGCUUUAAGAAGGUCUCCAUUUCUACAAUAAUCUAUGACCAUAUAGGAAGUUUCGCCUUUAACAAAAAAAAGGAGUCUAGACGAAGCUCAUAUGGAUUGACCCAUGAGAGUACUUGCUCUUCAGCUUGCUCUCCUCCACCUUGGGCUUCCUCAGCUGGAGCCUCUUCUUCUGCUUGGGCUCACUCACCAAAAAAAAACCCUUUGGCAUAUGAGGGUGUGCUUUUGGGCAUUUUCUAAUGGUUUUGUACGCUAAUGGAGGGGAGUUAGGAUUUUUAUCCAUGAUCAAGGUUUAACACGUUUCGCAACAGAAGAAUACAAAAAGCCAAAUGAAGGAAAUUUUGAAGACAUGUGCAUGCAUUUGACGAAUUACGCAAUUAAUAAAAAUAACCCAAAUUUUAUACACAAUGAAAACUCUGAAGAAGACGACAUCGGCCAUAAAAGAAGUCUUCAGUCGACUUUCGACUAUUUAGAAGAAAACGGUUACGAUGUAGUAAAACUAAAAUCAAAAAUUGAUGAUAUGAUAAUAAAAACGCUAUGUUCGGUGCAGCCAAAUUUAAGACAUCAUUACCAUUCUUGUCAGCCUGAUGAUUAUUCUAAUAGUAUGUGUUUUGAACUUCUAGGAUUUGAUGUAAUUUUGGACCAUAAAUUGAACCCAUAUGUUCUUGAGGUAAACCAUACGCCUUCAUUUUCAACUGAUUCUCCUUUAGAUUGAAAAACCAAAGAAAUCGUAAUAAGCGAAGCUUUAGUACUUAUGAAUAUUUCCAGCAAAAAUCGAAGAAUUUAUAUAAAAAAGCAAAAACAAGAAUUAAAUAAAAGAGCGCUAACAGGAAAAAUUGAAAGGGACAGCAAAUCUGUGAGAGAAGAGAAAAGGGUUAAGUUUAUAAUAAGAAGAGAUAAAUGAGAAGAAAAACAUCGUGGAGGAUACAGAAAAGUCUACCCAGUUAAUGACGAAAAGUAUGAAAAAAUGAUAAAGGCAGCUGAUGAGAUUUACCAAGAAUGAACAGGGACUAAAAUAACAAGAAUAAAAAAAGCUGAAGAAGAAAAAAUUCCAAUCAUUAAAAAACCUCCAAAAAUUGAAAAUAAAUUGCCAUUAAAUAAGAUAGAAAACAGUAUCCCAAAAAGAUGCCCAACAGCUACUCUUCGAGAUAUGGAAAGCCCAUCAACUGUUUCUCUACUAGAAAUCGAGAAGAAAAAUCCUUUAGAAGUCUUCGAAAGGUUAAGCAAAGUUCCAAUAAGAAAGCCAACCCUCCCUUCAUCAUAUCAAAAUAUCCCAGGAAUAGUAUACCAUGAUGACCGUCGAUCUCAUUAUUUAUAUGGAAAUAAAUAUUGCUUGACAUUCCACCACAAUACCCCUGAGCACAAUUUAAAAUUUUCUGAAAAAAAUGCAGAAUCACAAAGCGAAGCCAAAGGAAAAGUUUCACUAAUAAAAGCAACACCAGAAUUAUUAAGAAGAAACAGCACAAAAAACACACUUGCAAGUUUCUUGAAAUCUACAAGUGGAAAACAAUUAAUUACGUCCAAAGCGCUCGCUUUUGGGCACAGUGGAGCUAAAGAAAUAUUAAAAAAAUGGAAUUUGUAA